CCUUCAACGACGAGAUAAACAGUGAAAAUGGCGUCCGGAAUACCUUAAAAACACCCGAAAUAAUGGACAGAAACAAAACUGGACUUCCAAUAUGAUAGAGAGACUCAGGCGGAAGAGUUCUAGUGCGGGAAAAGGAGAAAGCGAAGCUAGAAAGAAAUGGGGGAAAGCCAUCACGACAGUACGCCGCGGAUCCUCUGCACUCCGCCGGGAGAGUACUGCUGUCGCCGACCCGUUUCUGGAGAGAUUCACCGUCACAGGACGAGCAUCUUUAGAUGACUUCACUGAAUACUACUUCACAGAUCUAUUUACAACAGCAUUCUGGAGGGAUUUGGUCAUCAACCCGGCGAAUCCCUCUUACUACUGGCUCUCCUUACUGGUGACGUCAGCUAUCCUCUACAACUUUAUCUUCGUCAUCCUGAGGGGCGUCUUCUUCGAAAUCAACGGUACCGAUAUGAUGGCCGUGUGGAUGCCAAUCGAUUAUUUUUCUGAUUUUCUGUACAUGCUGGACAUGUUUUUCAUGAGUCGAAUAGGGUUCUUGGAACAAGGUAUACUUGUGAGGGAUGUCAAAAGUUUGUCGAAGAAAUAUCUCCGAUCCAGUUUGUUUGUGCUAGACUUAUUAGCCAUUUUGCCUCUCGAGUUUUUCUACAUAAUAACAGGUUAUAACGCAUUGUUACGACUGAACAGAAUUCUAAAGUUAUGGAGGAUGAGGGAUUUCUUCAGACUGGCUGAAACCCACACCAACUCGCCGAACAUGUUUCGCGUGGCUAACCUCAUUCUAAUGAUCAUUGUUAUCAUUCAUUGGAACGCUUGUUGCUAUUUCGCGAUAAGUCGCUAUUUCGGGUUCGGAACGGAUGAGUGGGUUUUCCCCGAUACCAGCGUCGGAGACCAGGGCACGUUUUUAAAGCAGUAUGUGUACAGUUUCUACUGGUCAGUGUUGACCUUGACCACUAUAGGCGAUACCCCUGUACCCGAAAGGACAGCCUCCUACAUGUAUUGUAUCGCGUGCAGUCUUGCUGGUGUGUUGAUUUUCGCUACCAUUUUCGGAAAUGUUGGUGCCAUGAUCAACGAGAUGAACGCCCAGAGGACGAACUUCCAGCAUAAAGUUGAUGCAGUGAAACGCUACAUGGAAAUCCGAAAAGUCGGCGGUGAGCUACAGGAACGAGUUGUUAAAUGGUUCGACUACACCUGGAACAAUAAACAGUCCGUGGAUGAUAGGCAGGCACUGGAAUUUCUCCCGGAAAAACUCAGAGCUGAAAUAUCUAUACACGUGCAUCUAGAGACACUCCGCAGGGUUGCAAUUUUCAAAGAUUGUGAGCCAGGAUUACUUGUAGAACUGGUACUGAAGCUGCGACUUCAGGUGUUUAGUCCCGGCGACUACAUCUGUCGUAAAGGCGAUAUUGGUAAAGAAAUGUACAUAGUUAAACGUGGCAAAUUGCAAGUUGUUUCGGUUGAUGGAAAAACCGUGUUUGUGACUCUAAGCGAUGGUGCCGUAUUCGGCGAAGUUAGUAUUUUAAACUUAGCCGGAAACAAAACCGGAAAUAGACGAACUGCUGGUGUCAGAAGUAUGGGUUAUUCAGACUUGUUCUGUCUUUCUAAGAACGAUCUUUGGGAAGCUCUCCAAGAGUAUCCCGAAGCUAAGCAAUUGCUAAGUGAACUAGGAAAGCAAAUCCUGAGAAAAGAUAAUCUUCUGGACGAAGAGGCGGCAAGAAGGGAAGAAAGACGUCGUCAAAACCUUGACAAGAAGAUAGAACUUAUUGCUGACUCUCUUGACGAUCUGAAAAUGGAAAUCGGCAACCUCAUUGAGCGGAUUAACAAAAAAACACGAGACAAGGCUAAGACAGAGGAAACGGUUGUCAAAGCGUUUAAAUCAACGGAAAAUGAACAGAACAGAUCUGAUUUGCCACAAAAGGAACAAACAAGCCCCGAGAAAAAGGAAACGAAACCUUCUUCAGCGGGAAAGAAAGAAACGAAACCUUCGUCAGCGGGAAAGAAAGAAACGAAACCUUCUUCAGCGGAGGAGAAAGAAACGGAACAAUGACCAAACAAAAGGAAAGAAACCACUCCGGUUGACAAAAAGUCAAAGUAAAUCUGUAUUUGCAGAAAACAUUUGUUAAUUUUGGUGAAAAUUCUACAAACGACUUCACAUUUCGGAAAAGUAAUAUAUUUGUAAAUAGAGGUUUGGCUGAUAUAGGUGGGUGGGGUGUACUCUGGACCUAAAUAAGAAAUUGUCACUGUCGUGAAUAACAGAUAUCGAAACACACCAUUCCAUAUGUUAAUUAGGUAUUUAUAUUAACGAUCGAUUUAUAAUUAAGUUGUACAGUAGGUGUGACAGGAUAUGUAAAUUAGUUUAUUGUUGUUUACACCUUCUCUUUGCCGCCAUCAUGUAAAUAAUUCCGAACAUGAUUAUAUGCAUUGCUAAAUGUUAUGUUUAAGUUAUUUGUAUGAGAAUGUUAAUUGAAAUGUAUGCUGUGCUAAUACAAUGCAAUUAUGUACAACAUGUUGAUAUGUUUAAGUUAUUUGUAUGAAAAAAUGUUAAUUGUAAUGUAUGCUGUGCCGAUACAAUACAACAAAAUACAAUGUUAUAUUAUCUUAUACCGUUGCAUUAAUCUCAUUCCACGCAGUU